CAUCAUCAUCAUCAUCAUCAUCAUCGUCAUGAUCAGUCGAAUUCUCCUUUGCCUAUGGAUGAUAUGCUUAAGGACGAGAAAAGUGCCACUUCUUUACCCCAUGUUGGACAUGACGCAUCGGACGAGAGCAAUCACCAUAGCUAUUUACACUCUCAGCACAGCAGUAACCAUACCCCAUCGAGCGAUGAAGAGAAGCAUCUCCACGACAAAGAGGAAAACCCCAACGACGACAACGACGCUGCUGCUGCUGCUGCUGCUGCUGUUGAGGAUGAUGAGGAGGACGGCAAUCACAGCGUUGAUAAAGACGAAACAGAAGACGAAGAAGACGAAGAUACUAGCAGUGUUGAAUGUCCAUUUUAUAUCAUGAAUGCUUCUUUAUGGUCUGUUGACAAGCAGACAAAGUACGAUUUGUUGGAAGGUGCAACAGGAAAGGAAAGUAUGACUACUACUAGCCACAACUCAAAAUCGAUAGACAUGACAUCAUUAUCAUCCCCAGCAGCAACCGCUCUACCACCGCAUGCAUCAACAACCCCAAUGGCAUCUUCUCGCACUCCUCCCUCUUUCACGAGUCCUACUACGUCCAUACCAGCAACAUCCACACCGUCACUCUCGUCUCCCUCAACAUCACCGACCACCGAACUAUCGAGUGGUGAUACAGACUACUACUCUUUCUCCUCCUCCUCUAGCGCCGUCACCGCCUCAAGAUUACUCAUGGGCUCCGUCAUAAGCUCUCCUUCAUUUUUAAAAGAUUAUAAUCCCCAUGAGACUGUAAAUAAACGAGCGUAUUUUUUCGCCUUUCCUGAUCUAAGUGUGAGGAUAACUGGCCAAUUUAGAUUGCAAUUUAGUUUAAUAGAUUUAGCAAGAAACAAGAUAGUGAGUGAUGUAUUUUCAGAUCCGUUUACGGUUUAUCCAGCAAAGUCCUAUCCAGGCAUGAAAGAAUCGAGUCCUUUAUCCAAACACUUGGCUCACCAAGGCUUGAAACUGACGGUUAGAAAGCAGAUCAGACCCAAAAAGAAAAAACACGAUCGUUAAAUGAUCAUUCUGCAGUUACAUCCACCUUGUUCUGUCUAUAGAUUAAUUUAUUUGUUUCCUUAUCAACUCUUUUUUUUUUUUUAAAAAAAAAAAA